AUGGCACCCUCAAUGGAGCAAAAGAUCGGAAUUUUCCCCGCAUCCGGAGGCAUUGGCGGAGGUACUGUGAAGCACAUCCUCAAUCGCCUGUCCCCUAAGGAUCUCGUCUUCAUCGCUCGACACCCAGAAAAGCUUGCUUCUGAAGCAGCUCUAGGAGCUGAAGUACGCCGAGCAAAUUACGAUGAAGACGCGACGGUCCAAGUCGCGUUCCGCGGGAUCAAAACUCUCUUCUUGAUCUCCUACGCAUCGGUCGAGCACGAACACAGAGUCGAGCGACACAAACUUGCCAUUGACGCCGCGAUCGCAAGCGGCGUAGAGUACAUCUUCUAUGGGUCUUUGGGCUUUGCUGGGUCGGAGAGCAACAAAGAGACAGUAGCUCAUGUUAUGAAACCGCAUCUUGACACUGAAAGAUAUCUUGAAGAUUGUCGGAAGAGCCACCCAGGCUUCGACUUCACCAUCAUUCGAGAGGGUCUUUACACGGAGUCGUACCCACUCUACACCGCUUUCUUUGACCCCGCGCAACCCCGCAGCGAAGUCAAGAUACCGCAUGACGGCUCGGGGCCUGGAAUCGCCUGGGUGAAGAGGGAGGAAUUGGGUGAGGGCACUGCCGAACUCAUACUACGCUAUGUUCGAGAUCCUCAGGGAUUCGCUUACCGCAGCAAGACGGUGCUACUUUCAGGAAAUAAGAGCUUGACCCUGUCGGAAACAGUCAAGAUACUCAGCAAGAUCGCAAAUAUUCCCGUUACCGUCAAGCAGGUCUCGGACGAUGAAUUCGCGACACAGCCCCAGGUUCCCCCCAACUUUACCUAUCGCGGAGUCGAUUAUUCCAAGGCGUGGGCGUCGUCAUUUGAAGCGUUCCGAAGGGAGGAGGCCGCAUCUGCUUCUUCACUGCUAAGCGAGCUUCUGGGGAGGGAGCCAGAGGAAUUCGAGACCACUGUUCGGAAGUCGAUGUCAGCUUAG